GGAGGCUUCGGGGAGCGCUUCCUUCCCACCGCCCGCACCGCCGUGCGCGGCAGCCCCAGCAUGGAAGCCAUCGCCAAGUACGACUUCAAAGCCACCGCGGAUGACGAGCUGAGCUUCAAACGAGGGGAUAUCCUUAAGGUUUUGAAUGAAGAAUGCGAUCAGAAUUGGUACAAGGCAGAACUCAAUGGAAAAGACGGCUUCAUUCCCAAGAACUACAUAGAAAUGAAACCACAUCCGUGGUUUUUUGGAAAGAUUCCCCGAGCAAAGGCUGAAGAGAUGUUAGGCAAACAGAGACAUGAUGGUGCCUUCCUCAUCAGGGAGAGCGAGAGCGCUCCUGGGGACUUCUCCCUCUCAGUCAAGUUUGGAAAUGAUGUGCAGCACUUCAAGGUGCUUAGAGAUGGGGCUGGCAAGUAUUUCCUCUGGGUGGUGAAGUUCAAUUCUUUGAACGAGCUGGUAGAUUAUCACAGAUCCACAUCUGUCUCAAGGAACCAGCAAAUAUUUCUCCGGGACAUUGAACAGGUGCCACAGCAACCAACGUAUGUUCAGGCCCUGUUUGACUUCGAUCCCCAGGAGGAAGGAGAGCUGGGCUUCCGCCGCGGAGACUUUAUCCAAGUCCUUGACAAUUCUGACCCCAACUGGUGGAAGGGAGCCUGCCACGGACAGACGGGCAUGUUUCCACGCAACUAUGUGACCCCAGUGAACCGGAACAUCUAGAGAUAAAUAUUAGAGAUUAUUUAAAGAAACCAGAGAAACAGUAAAUACACAUACAGAGCCUAACUGCAGCCAGUGACCUAAAAUCACACGGCGAUAAAACCUGAGUCACCUUUCACCGUGAGGUGAUCCUCCUUCACUCAGUACGGAACUUCAGGGGCGGGGGGGGAGGGGGGGAAGAGUUCAACUUACACACCAAAACUUAUCUUUAA